CUACAAUUGGCUCUCUAAAGGCACUAGGGAGAUUGGUUUGGAGGUGGUUGUUUAUCACCACAGCGACUGUAUUGUGAUGAUGGGCACAAAGAGAGUAGCAGCAAGGUGGGAUGCAACCUUACACGAGGCCUGCUCGAUGUGAAGUGGAGUUGGCUCUCAGAUUCGGGUAUGAUAGACUUGAGCUUGAAGGAGAUGCUCUUAUGGUGGUUAAUGCUGUGAAAAACAUGCAAACAUUAGUUAUUUCGUGUCUUUGAUGAUGUUAGUAGGUUGAUGGGGAUUUUGUUUCUUUUUUUUAUUUCUCAUAUUAAGCGAGUGGGUAAUAUUGUAGUCCAUUUGUUAACUGGUUGGGAUUAUUUAUGUAACUAUGAAAUUGUUUGGUUUGGUUUGACUCUUUUUCUCAAAGUGUUACCACUUUGGCAAAGCUUAUUUAAUAUAAUUUCCCCUUAAUUUCCUUAAAAUAAAAAAAAAAGUAAGAAAGCCAAUUUUCCCAAAUUAAUGAUAACGAGCUACUAAUACAUUAUUACACCAAGUCUAGUCAACGCAUUAAUGGUUUCAAGUAAUAUUAUAUACUGCUUGUAUAAAGUAUAGAUUAAUAGAUCUAUUCUAGUCCCUGUAAUCAGAAAAAAGUAUCUAGGGAUAGUUGAUUAUAAAUUUAUAUGUUGGCUUUUCAAUCUAUGUAAAUUUAUAUUGUCUUUUCAGUCUAUAAAUAUAACUGUACGUAGCAAGACUAACAUUAUUAGAUCUUCCAUGGCUUUGAGACGAGAUUGCGUAGUUCCUUUGCUACUUAAUUUGCUGGUUGCAAUUUUUCUAGUCUCAGCUUCCGCAAAAUCUUAUGAUCAAAAGCCAAGAUAUGAAAGUAAAUGGGUGAACCAUGGCGGAGACCUUCACAAUCGGCGAUUCGCAGAGCAAGAGACAAAGAUAAGUCCGAAAACAGCACAAAAUCUAGAGUUGAUAUGGAAAUUCGAAGCUGAAAGUUAUGCAACAGCAACACCAACAAUAUUUGAGGAAACCAUAUAUUUCUCUAGCUUUGAUGGUAACAUUUAUGCUAUAAAACAAUUAGAUGGAUCUCUUGUGUGGAAGCAGAAUUUACACCAAUUAACAGGGCUCAAUUCAACAAUAAUUCUAUUCAAAGGGACCUUAGUUUUAUCAAGAGCAACUCCAACUAUAGCUGGUGAUUUGCUAAUUGUUGGAAUGUAUGGACCUUCAGUUGUUCUUGGGUUCAAAAGAGAUACUGGUAAGCUUGUGUGGAUGACUAGGCUUGAUAAUCAUCCUGAUAGCGUUAUUACCAUGUCUGGGACUUACUAUAACGGGGCAUUCUAUGUAGGAACAUCGUCACUAGAAGAACUCGCCAGCAUAGACAAAUGUUGCACAUUCCGUGGCAGUUUUGCAAAACUGAAUGCAAAAACAGGAAAAAUCCUAUGGCAAACCUACAUGCUUCCAGACAACAAAGGCAAGCAAGGAGAAUAUGCAGGGGCAGCAAUAUGGGGAAGUAGUCCUUCAAUUGAUAUAUCAAGGAACCUUGUCUACAUUGCCACAGGAAACCUUUACUCAGCUCCAGAGCGAAUCGAGACGUGCCAAGAGAGGGAAAACAAUCAGACAACUCCUACACAUCCAGAGGAGUGCAUAGAGGCAGAUAACCAUGAAAACUCUAUUUUGGCUCUAGAGUUAGACACAGGCAAUAUUAGGUGGUACCAACAAUUAGGAGGGUAUGAUGUAUGGUUUGCCAAGUGUAUGAAUCUUUCAACCCCGAAUUGUCCUCCAGGGCCUAAUCCUGAUGCUGAUUUUGGCGAGGCGCCGAUGUUGUUGAGUGUUGAGGUGAAAGGAUGUCGUAAGGAUGUUGCAGUUGCUGUCCAAAAGAGUGGGAUUGCUUGGGCUUUGGAUAGAGAUACUGGUGAUGUCAUAUGGAGCACGGAGGCUGGACCAGGUGGUAUGAAAGGAGGAGGCAUAUGGGGAGCAGCAACAGAUGAAAAAAGAGUCUACACCAACAUUGCCAAUAGUGAUGCAAAGAACUUCACUCUUAAGCCCUCAAACACAACAACAAAAGCUGGAGGAUGGGUGGCCAUGGAUCCUCAAGAUGGGACAAACUUAUGGACCACCGCGAAUCCUAGUAGUGGUGUUAGCUUUGGCCCUGUAACGGUUGCUAAUGGUGUUGUGUUUGCUGGAUCAUAUGAUAAGCAAGGUAAUAUAUAUGCAAUUGAUGCCAAUACUGGUGUUAUUUUGUGGUCUUAUGAAACUGGAUCAGAAGUAUAUGGAGGUGUAUCAGUUGGUGAUGGAUGUAUAUAUGUUGCUAAUGGUUAUUGGACUGCUGGAAAAUCUUUGUUUGCAUUCUGCAUUUGAUGGCUUAUGAAAAUACAAGGGAAGAUGUAAUAACUGUUAUAGUAAUGUGUAGGCAUAGACUUGUAUGCAAAGUGCAAGGUUUGGACAUUGGAGUGAUGUAAUUCUAUAUCAUAGAUGAUGUUUUAUGUAAUCAGUGCUGGAAUUAGACUUUUAAGAUUUAACUUUCUCUUUUUCAUAGUAA